CGCUGCAGGAUAUUCUCACAGGAUGUGAUGGCUGCACAGCAGCCGUGCGAUGUGGACGAAGAGUCAGCUGAGCGGAGCUGAAAGGGUCACUAUCGAUCUCUGAGAGUGUGUGUGUGUGUGUGUGUGUGUGUGUGUGUGUAAGUGUGUAAGUGUGUGUGUGUCCCCACUGAGGAUGUGAAGUCAGCAUGAUCUGGAGUUUCUCACACAUUUAUCAUCAGCUGAUCAUGAGCACCAUGGCCGUCCUCCAGCUGCUCGUCCCACUCCUGGCCAGCUGUGUGGUGGCAUCAACAGGUCCUCCUCCUCCUCUUCAUCCUCCUCAUCCCCGACACCUCUCUCCAUGCCAAGUAGUCCAGAUGGACGUGUUCUGCAGCGACCUCAGCCUCCGGAGCGCGCCGGUCGACCUUCCUCCCGGUGUGCAAACGCUGGACCUUUCUCGUAACCAGGUGCAGAAUCUCAGCCAGGAAACGCUGGCGUACCACUCCGACUUCCACCGCCUCAAUCUUCACUCCAACAGGAUCCACUUCAUCCAGCCGGACCUCUUCAAAGACAUGACGGACCUUAAAGUUCUGGAUCUGUCCAAGAACCAUCUGAAUGUUUUUGCUCUUUCCAAAAUAAACAUCGGGCCUCUCACGGCUGUAGAGUCCCUCGAUCUGUCCAGCAACGGGCUGUACACGGGCAUGUCGGACUAUUUUCUGGCAGAUUCCCCGUCACUGACAAACCUUUCCCUGAACGGCAAUAGCAUCACCAAAAUAGCACAGAACGCCUUCAGUGGAUCCCCGUCCCUGGUGAAGAUCAGCCUCCACAAUAACGUCAUCCUGGAGAUUGAGAAUGGAGCUUUUGACUCACUGCAUCAUCUGACCGAACUGGAUUUGUCCAAAAACUCAAUCACGUGCAUCACAAACUUCAAUUUGUACACUUUAGAAGUGCUCAACCUCAGCAAGAACAGCAUCGGGCUUUUCCAGAGUGCAAGCACGGAUAACUGGUUUGACCUUUUGUAUCUCGACCUGAGUGAAAACAAAAUGCUUUACUUUCCGUCUCUCCCCAGAGCCAACGUGCUUGAAUAUCUUGACAUUUCGCGCAACCGUCUCCAGAGCACAAACGUCUCAGGAAGUCCUGAGAAAAAUACAAAGGUUGUUUUAAGUAAACUUCAAUUUCUGGACAUGAGUUACAACCAACUCAAGAGCAUACCAGAGUCCUUUUUCUGCUUCAUGAGCUCACUCAAGGUCCUGAAUGUCAGCAAUAACUGUAUCGACUCGUUUUCCAUCUCUGUUGAUGGUCUUCUUCCUUCAGUGAAGGUGAUAAACCUCAGCUUUAAUUCCCUGCAGAGUCUGACAUUUGGGGAAAGCACUAUGCAAACAUUAGAAAAACUCUUCUUACAAGGAAACAACAUCGCCACCCUUGACCAUCAAAUAUUCCAAAGGCUUCCAAGUAUCAAGUACCUGCAGCUCCAGCAGAACAACCUGAUCAUCUGUGAGACGGGGGGAAAACAGCGUGCACCUGCACCGUCAGACCAAAACCAAGAGCAUCCUCCGGGUUGUGUUUCCUUCUCUUCUGUUCCCACCUUGCACUUUCUGUACCUCUCUGAAAACAAUCUGCAGACGCUGCCUGCAAACAUAUUUGCCAACACCCCUCUGAAGUUACUGGACCUGUCCCUGAAUCCAGGCUUGGACAUGGACAAAGACUCGCUCUCUGGACUUGAACACUCUCUGGUUCACCUCCUCCUGAGUGAAAACAACAUUUCCAGGCUCAACACGGACCUGUCCUUGCUGAAGAGUCUCAAACAUGUGGACCUGUCCACCAACCAGUUGACGUCUCUACCGACGUGGAACAAGGAGUCCUCCAUCGAGUCCUUAAACCUGCAGAACAACAACCUGGUCACCCUGGAGUACAGCACCAUGGUCGCUCUGGAGCACUCACUAAAGACCCUCUACAUGGGCUCCAACCCUCUGAACUGCUGCAGCAACCUCGGCUUCCUCCACAUGGUCCAGCGCUCGGCCGUGGUCGUUCCCGACAUCGAGACUGUGACCUGCGUUCACACGGACUUUUCAGAGCCGGUCAACAUCGAGAGGUUGACCGAGGGAAUGUGUCACGAAUCCGGCACUUCAACGUAUCUUAUUGUUUGCUUAGUGGCAUUGAUAGCUGUCAUUAUCAUGUUGGCGCUUUUAGUUAAACGUUGCCUUUCAAGAAAACGGAAGCGCAACAGGAGUUUUACCGCGUAAUAUGAAGGAAUGGUGAACGUGCACCAUGAAGACGUUCAGAUGUUGACUUUAUGGUCAUUGGAGGGUUGGUGGUUUUAAACAGAUACAACAUAGAAACGUGAAUGUCGUGUCUGUGAUGUCACCCAGAGUCGUACCCGAAGCCUUGGAGUGGGUUUUUGGACAUAGUGAAGGAAGAUGCAGAGAUGUGUGAAGUCAAAAGCGACCACGAAGGACAACCUGUUCUGAAACCAGAACUUCUGUGAAAAAGGAUUCACUUUGUUUUUUUAAAGAGAAGUUUGGAGUUUUGGACAGACUAGAUCCUCAUGAUGUGUUCAGAGGAAUCACGUGGAUUUUGGAAGAUUCUACUGUAUAAAUGUAAAAAAGUGGUGUUUGUUUAUUCCGACCGACGAACCUCUAAAGAAUUUCAGGUGGGAAUAAACAAACACCACAGUCAAACUCAGUCCACUAUAUUUGUUGCCUGUUCAUGCUCGGUUUUAAUAUGAAGUCACAUGCCGCACAUCACUUUUAUUGAAUGUAGAAGGAAAAUCCACUUUAAAACACUUCAUCACUGUUGACCGUUUUCUCUCACAUGCAGCCGUGAAAUCUUAAAAGAGAAGAUCACCACCAAUUAGCUUAGCUUAAUUUAGCUCAACAUAAAGACAGGAAGCAGCGGCAUAAAAGGUCGCUUAGUUCUGCGCAAGGACAAUAAAAAGUCUUUCAACAUAUAAUUUCUUAUAUUCUUCUUUUUAGCAUAAGUUAUCACAAUUUAUGUUAAAAAAAAGUGGGGUUAUGUGUUUGAAUCAUUCUUAUUUUGUGUAGUAACUCCAGGAAGUUGCAGGAAACAAAGAACAUGGCCAACUUUGCUAACAGUAAGAUGCUAGUUGUGAAAGAUUUUAGUUUGAACUGACCCUUUAAAUUAAUAAAAUGACUUAUUAAUAUUUGAAAACAAUAAGAUAAAAAAAAUAGAGCUUUAUAUUUUUCAUUCAGAAUGAGCCAGGCUAGCUGUUUCCAUCUGUUUACGCUCUUUAUGCUAGGAUAAAUUAAGCUAAACUAAGCUAACCAUAUGUUGAUCUUCUCAUAUUACAGUAAAUGCAGAUUAUUUUCUAAAGGUUUAACGAUUUAUUUAAAAAAACAAGAAAAACAAAAAACAAAAACAACAACGAUGGACAGAUUAACUACAGUGUUACGACGAUGUGAAAGUGUAAUUUUGCUUUAAGCUAAAAAACCGAAGAAGAAAACACUACAAAAACAAAAAGCUCUCGAUUCUUGGAUGAUGAAGUUUUUUUUAUCAGAUGAAGAACGCCGUCCUUUACCUUUUAUUUACUUAGCACUUUAUAUUUUUGUAUAUAUAUAUAUGUGUGUGUGUGUAACAUGCUGUAUAUCUUACUUUGUGAACACUAAAAAAAAGAGUAAUACUAGACAAAACAAACAGGACAUAUUUUGAUAUAAUUUAUUUUUCUUACUCUAAAGAUUGAUGUGGAUAUUUUUUAAACCAUUAUGUCAUCGUUUAUCCCACAAUAAUGAUUAAUUUGACAUGUUUAAAUACUCAUUCAUUCAAAAAAGAUAAACACUGAAAUUAAAAAACUGUGAUAGGGAAGUAGGAUAUUGGCGCUGUUUAGUCACAGGAUACACUGGGAUCCACACCUUUCAUGUUUUCAGUUGAAAUGAUUUGUAACAUUUCACAUUCUGUCGUGUAAAAAAACAAACAAACUUGUUUUUACACUUAAAUAUUGUGUUUGUGAACUUAUUUGGGUGACAAAUAAAUAUGUAAACCUCUGAACACUGUAGUGACACCAGCACUGGGCAGUUUAUCCUGAUUUCCUGUUGUUAUUUUAUGGUAAUAUUGUGUGUGUGUGUGAAAUAGGUGAGAUUUCUGUAUGAAAAAUGUGAAGUUACUCCUAAAACACACUUAAUAACACAUUAGGCAGAAUUUAUAUUUCCCAAAAUAUCACUUAACGCACUUUAUGGUUUAUUUUUUAAAAGG